AUGGGUCAAGGUCAGGAGGUUCACGCCCGUCAGUACAUCGAACAAGCAAUGCGUCAGGGCUCCUGGGUACUACUACAAAACUGCCACCUUUCCCUCGAUUACAUCAAUGAAUUGCCCACCCUCCUCGCAGGACUGAGGACAGAAAGCGAAUCACAUUGCAGGUUUACAACAGAUGCUCUAUCAUACACUGAUACCGUUGAUGAAUCUGUCAUUGAACAGCACACUCCACAACCGAACAUGAGCUACACCAGUAGCAUAAAACCAGUGGCAUCAGAUCAGUUUCGUCUUUGGAUCAUCACGAAGGACCACAGUCGGUUUCCUGUUAACUGUUUGCAGAUGCCAGUAAAGUUUACCAACUAA